CUCCUGUCUCGCGACAGCGCUCGCUGGGUGGUGGGCACCAGCAGGCCUCAGUUUCCCUGCGGCAGAGCCUCGUGCCGCUCCGCCGGCGCCCGACUGCGCCCGCGCGGGUCCGAACCUGCCCCGCGCCCGGGCCGCGCAUUCCCGGCGUUCAGAGCCGCCGCCUCCGCAGCGCAGCGCCGGCCGGGACUCUGCCGCGUGGUCGCUCAGGAUCCUGGGGAACUUCCACCUACCCACCUGCCUGACUGAGGAGCCCUCCGCAGCCGCCUGACCAGGAUGGGCGAGUUCAAUGAGAAGAAGACGACAUGCGGCACCGUCUGCCUCAAGUACCUGCUGUUCACCUUCAAUUGCUGUUUCUGGCUGGCUGGCCUGGCUGUCAUGGCAGUGGGCAUCUGGACGCUGGCCCUCAAGAGUGACUACAUCAGCUUGCUGGCCUCAAGCACCUACCUAGCCACGGCCUACAUCCUGGUGGUGGCUGGUGUUGUCGUCAUGGUGACUGGGGUCCUGGGCUGCUGUGCCACCUUCAAGGAGCGGCGGAACUUGCUGCGCUUGUACUUCAUCCUGCUCCUCAUCAUCUUCCUGUUGGAGAUCAUUGCGGGCGUCCUGGCCUAUGUCUACUAUCAGCAGCUGAACACGGAGCUCAAAGAGAACUUAAAGGACACCAUGACGAAGCGGUACCACCAGCCAGGCCAUGAGGGUGUGACCAGCGCAGUGGACAAGCUACAGCAGGAGUUUCACUGCUGUGGCAGCAACAACUCUCAGGACUGGCGGGAGAGCGAAUGGAUCCGCUCUGGCCAGGCGGGCAAGCGCGUGGUCCCUGACAGCUGCUGUAAGACUGUGGUGCCUGACUGCGGGAGACGGGACCACGCCUCCAACAUCUACAAGGUGGAGGGCGGCUGCAUCACCAAGCUGGAAACGUUCAUCCAGGACCACCUGAGGGUUAUCGGGGCUGUGGGCAUCGGCAUUGCCUGUGUGCAGGUCUUUGGCAUGAUCUUCACUUGCUGUCUGUACCGGAAUCUCAAGCUGGAGCACUACUGAACCCCAGGGCCUGGCCCACCUCCCACCAUGUCUGACUGCUGAACUGAGACUGCAGAUGGCCAGGGCGAGCGCCUGUGCGCCCCACGCUGACCCUGGAGGUGGCUCCAAGUGCCUUUCGCUGCACACCAAAGUCCUGAGGCCAUGCCCACCCCAGCACUGGACCAGGUGGCCAGUGCCUGUGCAUGGGGGACCUAGGGCCCAGGCCUGGCUAGUGGGUGGGGGCGGAGUGCUGACAAUCACGUGCCCCUCCCACAGGCACUUCUCGGAUGUGGUCGCUCCCUGAUGUCUGUCUAGUCAGGGCUGACUCUGGACACACCCUGUAUGGCAGUCAGAGGCAGGAGGGGGCCACCUUCUGUGCCCACCCAGUUCUCAGCUACAGUCUCACCUCACCUGGGAACAGCCUCUAGCCUCCCUGUGAGGCUUAGCUCCCUAAUGGCUUUGUUCCCCUUUUUUUAUUUGGUUUCGUUUGCUCCCACAGCUUUUAAGGUCACCUGCACUCACACACGUCAUGGCACUCUCCCCGUUGGUGUCCCUGUGGAGGCAGGGGAUCUGAUUUUGCCCUCUGCUUUUGCCCAUAUGCUCACAGUUGCUCCUGUCUAGUAACAGGUGCUGAAUAAACGUUUGUUAGAGAAGA